GUAUGUUCCUCGGGUGGCGAAGAGUAUCGCAUCGGAAACAGUUUAGACUGUUGUAAAAGUAGAGCAAUAGGUUCCAAUAAAUAUAUAGACACAUAGCACACUUGUCAGCGCAUCUCCCUCGGUCGAUUGACCUUUCAAUUGCACUGGACACCCUCGUUCAACCCAACAUGUGAAGCUGUGUGGGCAAUCCCUAUCGAUUUUCCACCACGAGCGGCAGCCAGGACUCGCAGUCAACAGAUACACACGGUAAUUGCUUGGUAAACAGUAAGCACUCGGCUAUGAAAUCUCUGGCCGGCGAUAAAUUUGCUCUGUCCGAAGAGAUUGGGCCACCGCCUUGUUCUCCCAAACACCGAAAAGCAAGUGCCGUGAGUAGGGACACGGAUACAAAUAACCAUCAUGUGGUGCCGCUGGGGAUCCUCGUGGUGCUCUGCACUGUGUAUCUCAUGGUAGCCGGGAUGCAGCGCAACUACAGGCACUAUUUUAAGCCGGGCGUGGCUGCCUUCGACCUGCACCAUGCCCAGCCGGAAGCCAUGGCCGACGCCGAAUUGGAUGUCGCCGCUCCAGAUGCAUCGUGCCAGAGGUUGGACGUUUUCGGAAAGGAAUCCAAUCGGAAUCAGGCAGUUUCAAGAAGAUCCCAAGGCAGGCCCACGAAGAGAACCAAAAACGGCACUGGAAAUGGGGUCAGCAAGCAACCUCGUCGUUUGAUAAAGUCCCCGGAGGGGCACAAGAAGAAGGAAGUUGGCAAGAAGAGUAACACAGCGGAGCCCAUUAUUUACCUGUUCGCCCUUGUGUUUGUCUAUCUGCUUCUGAAGGCCGCCUCGGACAUCAACCAGCACUACAAGUCGCAGAACAAAGGGGACAAGCGACUGCGCCGGUGCUCGCUGCAAUCUUAUGCCCAGAUCCACAAGCAGGAUCGCCGGUCAUCAAAAGGUAUUUCACCAAAAUCUUUGCCAAAGUUUUAGCUCGCUGGGGGCCAGGUGCCUAGCCUAUUACACCGUGUUAACGAGGGAUCAAGUGAAUUGUUAUCCUAUAAAUCUAAAUGUAUCUACCACUAUGUACUGAACUAGCCAAUCUUCUCUACUCUAAAGCACCAGUUUUCUGACUUUUUCGGAAAAUGUAUUGUUGUGUAUUGUGUAUCUCUCGUCUGUCCUCAAUCUCUAUACAUCUAUACAUCUGUACAUCGCACUUUUCGGGCUCGAUUAUGCGUUUGAUAUCUGUGUUUUUGAACGACCUCCACUGUUUACCUCCUCUUCACCUAUCUGUGAAACUGUACUGAAUCCGAAUAUAAGGUUGUACAUACUCGAAUGUAUAUUACUGUCCUAAGUGUACGUAAUCCUAAAAUAAAUCAAUUACUAUGUGCUUUCCUGUGAUC